GCUAGAUAUCGUUGGCUGUUGAAAUCUAAACUAUUCUUUAUUCAUUAUGGAGUGUCAGAUUACUUGGCACCUAAUAAUCUUAUAAGAGAUUUAAAAGAAUUUGUGUCUUCUGGAAUUCACAUAAAAAUCUGUUCACCAUGAUCUGUAUAUCCACAAAAUUUUGAACUUUGUUUAGAGAAGGGAGAUGGGGGACUAGUUCAAACUCGUGUCAACCUUCUUCUGAAUCUUUGAUAAAACAAGAAAGAAUUUAUAAAGUAUAUGAAGAUUCAAAAAUGGAACUACUCGUACUCGUAGAGAUUUUUGUUACCCUAAUUUAUUGUGAAAAAUUUUGUAAGAAAUGCUGCUGUGGCCAUGUAAAAUUAAGUCGUCAAUUUUAAAAAAUGGUAGUAAAAUUUUAGGAUUACUGCACUGGUUUGAUGAGUACAAAGAUAUCAUGAUGUUACAUAACAAUAAAUAGGAUUUAUAGAUAGCGCAGAAAUAAUUGCUCAUAAAUAAUGUUGUUUACAUAAAAUGCACACCAAAUUGAUCAAAAUUUUAGUGAGGGAAAAUGACUGUAAUUCCUACAACUUCAAACAUGACAAGAAGGAUUACAUCAAUCUUAACGAAGAAGACCAGAUGGAAAUCCAGGGAUAUGUAUAUAGCAAGGAGAAAGCUAAUAUAGUGAGGACAUGCUACUUGUUGUCUUUUGGACUACUGAGGCUGCUUUUCCAUUGGUAUCCAGAAUUACAUCUGAAAGCUACACAUUCUAGUUGUAGCCUCAAGGUGGCAGAAAAAGUUCUUAUAAUAGAUAUUUACAAGAACAAAUAUAAGUCUUACUUUGUCAAAGAAGUAAAAGUGUUGAAUGUGGACUUAGGAAGAAGCUCUGGUAAUACAGAUAAUAUACGCACCGUAUUCAAUCUGUGCGAUGGCCGAAAAAAAGAAUUAUAUAAUGCUCGCAUAAUACGAUGCAAGAAGUUGACUUAUGUAUGGGAUGACAAAACGAAAACAUUCUGCAAACUAGCUGGAUUUGACAAAGGCAUUACUAGAGCAGAUAUCCAUACUUUCGGGGGACAGAACAAGGAAGAACAAAAUCUCAAGAGAAUAGUAUAUGGAGACAAUGAAAUAUCUGUUCCGAUUCAGAGUAUUUUGACGCUUCUGGUACUAGAAGCGUUAACACCUUUUUACAUUUUCCAAAUGUGUAGUUUGAUAGUAUGGCUGGUAGAGGACUAUAUCUACUACAGUAUCGCUAUAAUGAUUAUGUCUGCUGUCGGCAUUGCAACAUCCGUUGUACAAACUAGGAAGAAUCAAAUCAACUUGAAAGGAACGGUUCAUUCUCAAGAAAAUGUUACAGUAUGUCGAGGUAAUGAUGUAUACGAAGAGAUACCAUCAACUGAUUUGGUACCCGGAGACGUUAUUGUGAUCCCGCCAACAGGGUGUCAGGUCCAGUGUGACGCAGUUUUGGUGUCAGGAAGUUGUGUUGUAAAUGAGAGCAUGUUGACAGGAGAGUCAGUACCUGUCACAAAAACUCCUCUUCCAAACAACGAGGCAGAUUUCAACUUAAAAGAAGACACAAAUCAUACCUUGUUUUGUGGAACCAAAGUGAUUCAGACAAGAUCGACAGAUAAGGUUUUGGCAGUAGUAAUACGAACAGGCUAUUUGACAGCUAAAGGUGAACUAGUCCGAAGCAUUUUGUAUCCACCUCCAGCAGACUUUAAGUUUGAAAGAGAUAGUUAUAAGUUUAUCGGAAUUCUAUCUAUCGUGGGAAUCAUGGGGGUCAUCUAUACUAUCGUUUCAAAGUCUUCCAGGAACAUCCGUGCGCUGGACAUCAUCAUAAAAGCUUUGGAUGUAGUUACGAUCGCAGUUCCUCCAGCUUUACCGGCAGCAAUGACUGUAGGCAAACUUUAUGCUCUAAAUCGGCUCAAGAAGUCGAAGAUAUUUUGCAUCAACUCCAGAGUCAUUAAUGUUACUGGAUCUAUUGACUGUGUUUGUUUUGAUAAGACAGGUACUCUCACAGAAAACGAACUGGACAUGUGGGGAGUGGUUCCAAUAGAAAAUGGAAAGUUUUUGGAGCCUUCCAGGGACAUUGGCGCCUUGCCAUCCACCUCUUAUAUUGUACAAGGGAUGGCAACAUGUCAUUCUUUGACUUUAUUAAAUGAACAAUUAGCCGGAGAUCCUUUAGAUGUAAAGAUGUUCGAAUCCACAAAAUGGAAUAUACGUAACGAAGAGGUCAAACGAAGUACAAUAGUUGAAUCUACUAUUGGUGAGGAAGACACUCAAUUACAAAUUCUCAAACAGUUCCAAUUUUCGUCCAAUCUCCAGAGGAUGAGCGUCAUUGUAAAAUCCAGCAACUCAAGUAGUCCAGUGAUAUUCUGUAAAGGAUCGCCAGAAAUGAUAUCAUCUCUUUCCAACGAAUUUUCGGUCCCUACGGACUUUUUUGAUAUGCUAGGUACCUAUACUAGCCAAGGAUAUAGAGUUUUAGCGUUAGCUAAGAAAAACUUAGAAGCAGGAGUAGAAAUAGACAAGUUGAACAGAGAAAACGUAGAAUACGACUUGGAGCUCCUGGGUUUGAUAAUUUUGGAGAACAGAUUGAAACCUGAAACUACUCCUAUUAUGAAGUUGCUGAAAGAGGCUAAUCUGAAGGUAGUAAUGAUUACAGGCGACAAUAUUAAGACAGGCAUUCACAUAGCAAGAGAAUGUGGCAUGGUUGAUCCAGAUGAGGCUAUUAUAGAGGUUGUCGUUGACUCUUCUACAGAACGGAAGUGUCACUCGGUUCGUUAUAUUGAGUGCUAUCAAUCAAGAGGUCCCGAUGUUAUGAACAAUAACGAAGUAAUUUCCGAUCUGGACAUAGAGAAAGGCCGACCUAACAGAAAGUACUGCUAUGCGAUAAGUGGAAAAUGUUGGGCGUACAUUCAAGAGCAUUUUCCAGAACUAGUUCAGAAAAUAGUGGUGAAAGGAAAAGUUUUCGCUAGAAUGUCUGGUAUGCAGAAACAGCAGUUGAUUGAAGAGCUCAAAGAUUUGGGAUAUUAUGUUGCAAUGAGUGGCGACGGUGCAAACGACUGUGGAGCCCUCAAAGCAGCCCAUGUGGGCGUUUCUCUUUCGGAAGCAGAGUCCAGCGUAGCCUCUCCGUUCACAUCUCAGGAGCAGAACAUCUCAUGUAUACCAAAAGUGAUCAAAGAAGGUCGAGCAGCACUGGUGACCUCUUUUGGCAUUUUCAAGGUCAUGCUUUGCUACAGCCUGACGCAGUUUGCGUCAGUAUUAAUUUUGUACAACAUCGAUUCUAACCUCAGCUCAUUGCAGUUCCUUUUCAUAGAUACUUGUCUGAUACUGAACUUUGCCACGUUCUUUGGAGUGACGAAGGCGUACGAGGUACUGGAUAAAGUGCCUCCUAGAACGUCUUUGAUGGGUUUCAUCCCGAUUUGUUCCAUGAUUUUUUUCAUGGUGAUUGCAACCAGUUGCCAAAUCUUUGGAUACUAUCACAUCCAAACCUAUGAGGAGUUUAUACCAUUCAAGUAUAACGAGAAAAAUCCACAAAAUUUUGUUUCCGUUGAAAACUACGUGGUAUUCACUGUAUCAACGUUCCAGUAUAUAACAAUGGUAGUAGCAUUCUCUAAAGGAAGGCCUUACCGUCAACCUUUGUAUACGAAUACGUAUUUAACGUUUUCAUUGGUCAUUACAACUUUAGUAAGCAUAUACAUUACCAUAGAUCCAGCUUAUUGGAUAAAACAAGUACUAGAGCUUAAGCUACCACCAAUAGAAGCCAGAUAUGCUGUACUAGUAAUAUCGAGUGUAUGUUUUGUUGCGAGUAUCCUAACAGAAGAUGUCCUAGUAGAGUAUUUGUUAGCAAAGUUUGUAGCUCCAAGAUUCAAAAGGAGUAAAAAGAAAUAUGAGCAGAUUUUGAAAGAUGAAGAUGCUGAACUGUGUGAGAAAGUGAAGGAUAGUCAUAUGGAAAGGAUCAAUGAGAAAUGCGGUAUUGUAAAUAGUGGUUUUGUAGGACAGUGAUAGUGAAGGGUGGAAUAUUAUAUAGUUCAAUUUUUAACGAAAACAGUAAAUAUAAUAUUUUUUAAACAUU